AGCGUAAUGUUCUGAUCAUGACGUGUGAUACUACGGCUAAAUUAAAUGGUAAAGUGAUUGUGGUGACUGGUGGAAGCUCAGGAAUGGGCUUUGAAGCUGCUAAAAAUCUAGCAAGUCGUGGAGCCAGAGUCAUCAUCGCGAGCAGAAAUGAAACCAAACUGAAAGCAGCUCAACGCCAUAUCAUAGAAACAACUGGUAAUCACAAUGUUGCAUACAAAACAGUUGACUUGGGAUCUCUUAAAUCAGUGAGGAAUUUGGCGAGUGAAUUGAAUGCUGAAGAUCAAAUAAAUGUGUUGAUAAACAAUGCAGGAGCUGUGGCACUUCCCGACAAACUGACAGCUGAUGACUUAAAUCUUACAAUGCAAGUGAAUUACUUUGGGGCGUUCUUACUUACGUUCCUAUUGCUGCCUAAGUUGAAAGCGUCAGCUCCAAGUAGGAUCGUAAAUGGUAUUGGAGGAGCAAUGUAUUUUGGUGAAAUAAAUUUUGAUCACUGGAAUGACAUUGGACGAUAUAAUAUAAUAACAGCAUUGGGAAGUUCGAAAUUGGCAGUCGAUUUAUUCAAUGCGGAGCUGGACAGAAGGCUGCAGCAUACAGGAGUGACUGCAAAUGCUUACGAUCCUUUUGUGGUGCGAGACACGAGCAUAUUGGGUAAUAUUCCAGGGCUUGUUCAACAUGUUUCCAAAUUCUUUAUAAACAUAAUUGGACAGAGGAAAGAGGACGUUGGUCGAGAGAUAGCAUACCUAGCGGCUGCACCAGAAUUGGAAGGUGUCAGUGGGAAUUUGUACAAAUUCUGUCAUCAGUUCAAUAAUCAUUGGUUGGUGAAUGAUCAUCAGUUGACGACACGCUUGUGGGAAGAGUCGAAGAAAGCUGUGAAGAUAAACAAGGAUGAAGACUGGGAAGUCAAUGACAGUGUAUAAGGGUGUUUAAGUGAAUGUGGUGAAUUUAAAAAUGUAUUAUCUAUUAUAUAAGUACCCAGAUAGAACAUUAGCAGUUCGACCAAACAUUCUGGGCAGUCAGUAUUGUAUUUAGUGACAUAAAUAUUUUAAUAAUCGUAAUCAAACGCCUGUUGAAUUUUAAUUUGUUUCAUGGCCAGUACAGUGUUUGGGAGAACGACGCCAGUUCAACUCCCUUAUGAGACAUACAUUAUGUAGCUUUGUGUAUAGAUUAUAAUCCUCUAUAUUGUUCCGGGUCCUUGUACUGUGAGUUAUAUGGAUGAAAUAUGUAUUUUGAUCCAACUGAAAUGAAGUCUGUCCUAGUAUCUAGUAAAAAGGGAACAUUAUAUAGAUUGGUUAAAUAACUAUAAAACACAGAAUAGAAGUA